AACUGGGGUAACCGCGUAGCAACCACAGGCACAACAUUAACGCUCAUCAAAACAAAAGCGCGUACAACACUCGUAGACCGAUAACCUCGAGGACCAUCAGCAUACACCCAGGCAUAAACCUCCAUCAACCAGGCGGAAAGCAUCGCAAUCAUGCCUCGCAUCCGCGCAGCACCUUCAACACCCUCUACGCCCGCUCGCGGCUCUCCGCUAAAGCACGCAUGCAUCCCAACAAACGACGACGAGAACGAAAAGGCCGCUCGUCGCGCAGUACGAGUCGCUCAGGAUGACCUCCGUCGUUCUACGAUUGUCGCUGCUGCGUCUCCGAGAAAACAAUCUAUGGCUGUCGGUGGCCCUUCGACCCCCGCACGGAAGGUGAACAGUGUUGACCCAGCUGGAGUGGGAAGAAGUCCGGUUCCGAAGGUACCGGUGUUGGCCAACUUUGAAGAAUGGAUGAAGAUGGCGACAGACAACAAGAUCAACGCGGCGAACUCGUGGAACUUUGCGCUGAUUGAUUACUUCCACGAGAUGUCGCUUUUGCGCGAGGGUGAUUCUAUCAACUUCCAGAAGGCCAGUUGUACUCUGGAUGGUUGUGUCAAGAUUUACACCUCGCGUGUGGACUCGGUUGCGACGGAUACUACAAAACUCUUGUCUGGUUUGGCAACAUCGAAACAGUCACGCGACGAGGAAGACCGCGGAGAAGGUGAGGGCGAUGAGGAUGACGAGGAUCGUGAGAAGAACCCUAAGCGACGUGCGGCCCGUGCUGAGGCAACACUCGUCAAGGACUUCUCCUCUAUCCAACUCAAGAAGUUCGAUCUCGAGUUCUCCGUCGAUCCACUCUUCAAGAAGACCUCGGCCGACUUCGACGAGGGAGGAGCGAAGGGACUCCUCCUAAACCACCUCGGUAUCAAUGAGGAAGGCAAGAUCAUCUUCGACGCCUCAGAUGCCGUCCCAGCCGACGCUGAUGAUGUCCUCCCGGAAGUAAAGGAAGAGGAUGAGGGUGGAAACACUAUUGACAUCGCUGCCCUCGGCGCCAAAUUCUUUGCUGAUAUGGAUGCAUUGGAUGAUAUGGACGUCUGCCCUUCCUUGAAGAACUUUGAGUUCCCUGUGGAUGGCAGCACAAUUACUUUCGACCUUCCUGACCUGAAGCUCCCUGAUCUUACCGAUGAUGCUGCAUCAGAAAUUGAUGGCAAUGUUAUGGGCGACGACGACGCCCACGGCUUUGGCGAACCGCUUGAGGGCUUCGACAAUGACGAUGAUGUCGCGUUCGGUGAGGGAGGAGACGCGUGGGCUCAGACUGAGUUGCCACCAAACUACGAUGGUGGAGAGAACGAGCAGCUCCUCCUGGAGGAGGGUGCAGAACCACUCAAGGAUCUCGAGCAAAAGGAUGGUUUCGUGAUGUCUCUGAACAGUGAAGGUUCCGAAGAAGGUAUUUUCGCGUACUUUGACGAAGCACUGCGGAAGAACUGGGCUGGUCCUGAACACUGGAGGAUUUCACGGUUGAAGAAGGCGUCAACGUCGACUGGUACCGAACCCAAGAAGAAGAAGGAGAAGGAGGUGUUCUCGAUUGACUUCUACGGUGAUGAUGUUGAUGAGGACGUCCUUUUCGCCCCGGGUGGAGCGAAUAUCAAUAUGAGCAAGGCCCAGCAGAUGCAGCGAAGUCGACACCUGCUACCAGAUGAUAUGGGAUUUUCAUCAAAGGACUUGCUGAGAUUAUUCCUGAAACCUAAAGCCACGCUACAAAACCGGAAGAAGAAGCUCGUUGCUGGUGGAGAGAAGGAAGUCAACGAGCACGACAUGGACGAAAAAUUCUGGGCGGAGCGAGCAGCACAGAAUGCCGAAGACGACGUCCCAUCCGGUCCAUCGUACGACGCCGCAUUCUUUGAUGACGGAAAUGCAGACGCUGGGUUCGGACCUGAGAUGGAUGAUGACGAUGAUGGUUUCGCUGAUGCUGCUGAGACUCUGAGCCAAGCUGCCGAACUCAAGGAAGAGAUGGAUUUCGGCUCUCAGCUCGUUAGUCAAGGACGGAAAAUGAGACCAGAGUAUGUCAACUAUGCCCGCGUCGCAAAGAAAGUCGACGUCAAGAAGCUCAAAGACAACAUCUGGUCCAACCUCGCCAUCACGAUCCCCGACAACGACGACCCCACGCCUACCCCCGAACCCUCUCUAUCGCAGGGAGAAGAAAAGAAAUUCACCCAAGUCAUCCAGGACCUGCAGAAAGUCUACCCGCAGAAGGAGAUGGAAGACGUGUCGACAAGUUUCUGUUUCAUCUGUUUGCUGCAUCUGGCGAAUGAGAAGGGGCUUAUUAUUCAGAAUGAGGGGGUUGGGAAUAUGGAGGAGUUGAUUAUUCGGAAGGACAUGACGGUGGGGGCUAUUGACACCUAUUAGUGACUAUCUAUCCGGUGAUUAAGGGAAGGGUGAAAUGAUGGGAUGACUUUGGGAAAGGGUGAAGAGCGUUUGGUCUGUGACUUUGGUUUCUUGGGGAAUGAGAUAAGGGGUAUCAUUAUCGGUACAGCCGGCUACAUUUACAUAAUACAUAACAUCCACACAUCCAACCCAUGCUC